GGACAUACUGAUUAGCAGUGUUACCAGUAAAUCUUUAUUGUUACCAGUUUUUAGUUAUUUUUAAUUUUAACGAAAUAAAUGUCUAUAAUAUCGGCGAAAAUAAAAAAUUUAUAUUAAAACCAGUAGGUGUAGUUUAUUUCAUCAUUACGAUUUAAAAGCAGCUCAGCCAUGAGUGAUUUAAAAAUAUUAAACGCCAGUACAGAUUUAGAGCAAAGCGAAAGCAGCGAUACGGAAUGCGACCUCCAAUUUAAGCCCAUCAUAAGCCUACCCGAAAUACAAGUUUCCACAAACGAAGAAAACGAAACCGAGCUGUUGAAAAUCCGAGCUAAACUCUACCGAUACGAUACGACCGGCGAGGAACCCGAAUGGAAGGAACGUGGAACUGGAGAACUCAAGCUUCUGAGACACAAAGAGACGAAUUCCGUUCGAAUUGUCAUGAGACGCGAUAAAACGCUGAAAGUAUGCGCUAAUCAUUUCAUAACCCCUUGGAUGGAUCUGAAGCCGAGCAUAGGAAGCAACAAGGCUUUCGUGUACACAGUAUUGGUCGAUUUCGCUGACGAGGAGGCAAAAUCCGAAACUUUAGCUAUUAAAUUUGGAACCACAGAUAAUGCGAAUUUAUUCAAACGAACUUUUGACGAAGCAAAGGAGAUACUACUGACGGAGUGCGAGUUGUAUAAAGAGGACAAGGAGAAUUUGAAGGACAAUUCGUUGGAGAAAAAGUCUGACGAUCGCAUAAAAUCCGAUCCGGAUGAGAAAGAGUGCGAGGAACUGUCUAAAAAAAUUCGAGACUUAGAUGUGACCAAUAAUGAAAGUUCGUAGAUGAAAAAAUGUAAAUGCAUGUGUCUUCAUUGUCAGUUUGCGUAAUUCCAAAAGAUAAUUUUACCUUUAGUAUUUGCAUAUUACUCACAACUUUAACUAUAAUUUUCUACUUUAUUUCUUCAUUAUCUUUUUUUUUGUAAGAGCUCGAUUGCAUUUUAUCAUUGUAAAAUAAGGUAAGAUUUACCUUUGGAUAAACCAAUGAAGACUGCUUGUGUGUUAUAAUUCGAUGUAUGUGGAUAUGUAUGUUUAAACAUCACUUUUAUAUUUAAUUUUCUUUAAGUUAGUGAGCAAGGUAUAAUGGAGUUUGGAGGUGAAUGUUGGUAUGCAUUUCUCGGUAAGCAUUCCCAGAAAGAUUAUAUUUUUGUAAUUUUGCAUGUUGAUAAAAGUUAUUUGCAUAUUGUAAAAAAUAAAUUA